AAUAGUCAACUAUUUGUUGGUUCAUUUCCCUAAAAAAACAAAUCGGCAUUUUCCAUUCCAUCCAUCUCUAGGGUUUCGAGUUUAUCUGUUUGUUCAUUCUUGUUCGAGACAAUUUUCGGCAGAUUAGAUAAGGAUCCAAAGCAAUUUUGAAUUUUCUCAUCAUCUCUAUUCUUCUGGUCAAGGGAUUUGCUUUUCUAUGAAUUCCAAAUUGUAUACCCUUGAUUCUUCUAGUUCCUUAUCUCUUCUGUUGGGUGGAAUUCAGUUCUUGCAUUACUGGGCUUUCCCGUUGUCCUAAGUUGAGAUUGAGAUUUUAGAAAGUUCUUACGUUAGGCUUUAACCCCUUUUCAAUUUCUGCUUUGUAGUUUACUAUUUUCUCUUCAUUUGGCGGCUUUGUGCUUGAAUGAAUUAACUGGGUUGGUUGAAGGUUUGAGAAUGUUUGCAAGAGUGUGGUAGGUUGAGGGUUGGACUUAUAUUAUAGAUUUGUCUCUCCUCCAAGGAAAUCUCCUGGAGUUUGAUCUACUCAGAGUUGUGGAAUAUGAGUAUUUGAUUGUAAGCUCUUUUUCUGGUUAUGGAUUACUCAAAGAAUAAACAGAAUGAGGUAUUGGGUGUGAACAAAAUAGGGAAGAAUAUAAAAAAGAGUCCAUUGCACCAACCUAAUUUUGGUAACAUCCCUUCAUCACAACAACCUCAGCCACAGGUUUACAAUAUAAACAAAAAUGAUUUUCGGAAUAUUGUUCAGCAGCUGACUGGUUCUUCACAAGAGCCAUCUACUAGACCACCUCAAAAUCCAGCAGCUAAACAACAAAGCUUAAGAUUGCAAAAGAUACGACCUCCCCCAUUGGCACCGAUAAAUCGGCCUCGUGUUCCACCUCCGGUCCAUGUUUCGAUAGCCCCGCCACAGGUUCCUUAUUACAAUGGCCAGUUUAGGCCUGCACGAUGUGAUCAGUCAUCAGCAAUGUUUCAAGGGCAGCCAGCACCUACACAAUUGCCUCAAUCGAUACCAGCAGACUCAGUUUGGCCAAAGCCUGCUGAUUCUCCAAUAUCUGCUUACAUGCGUUAUCUUCAAAGCUCAGCAGUUGAUUCACCUGGAAUAGGAAACCAGGCUCAACCAUUGCCACAAGCUCAAGUUCCUGGUCAAGUUCAAAACCAAGUGGCUCCCUCUAGUUUACCACCCAACGCAGCCAUGCCCACUGCGCCUUCUAGUACAAAUGGUGGUCCUGUACCAUCUCUUCCUAAUUUUCCUCCCAUCCAAUCAAAUAGUCCUGCAAAUUUUCCCUCCCCUACACAGUUUCACGUGCCUUCUCCUUCUAGUUACUUGAAUUUGUUGUCACCACAGUCACCUUAUCCAUUGCUUUCACCUGGAUUUCGAUUUCCUCCACCUCUGAGUCCUAAUUUUUCAUUUUCCCCCAUGGCUCAACCAGGGAUUUUAGGUCCUGGGCCUCCUCCGCUUUCUCCUGGCCUUAUGUUUCCAUUAUCUCCAUCAGGAUUAUUCCCUCUACUAAGUCCAAGAUGGAGGGAUUGGUAGUCCUACUUUGCACACUUAUCUUACCACUUCUGCAUUAAAGAUUGUAACGCGUAGAGGUGGUGGAAUAGACCAUUUUGGUUGUUUGUACUGUCUGUUGUUUAUUUUACAUUCUUUGUUUUGCUUUUGUCUACACCCAUUUUGCAGCUUGAUCAAUUUAUGGAUCCUAUAUGAACUGUGAGAGCUAUCAAAGGAAAAACAAAGCCUCUGUUAAAGAGGUUAUCAUUAAGUAAUGAUGAAGAGGUCAGGCCAUUGGACUGGUACUGAAUGGGAAGAGAGCUGUAGCCUGGUAGGUGUAGAAUCAUAGAAGCUAAAUACCCACAUACAUUUUAGUUGAAGAUUUGUUAUCAUGAUGUAGUUGUGGAUUAUAGCCAGUUUGAUUUUCUUUCAUUUAAUUCAUUGAACUUUUGUUGAACUGUAAAGUUGAGAAAUCAGAUGUUUACUGUAUGUUAUUCUGUUCAAGGAAGUACAUAGCUUGAUCUACAAUCACUUUGCUGAGGGAAA